AUGAAGCCAUCUCAAGUAAUCCCUGGGGCUCCCAACUCUCAAUUCUGCAUCUCAUUCGGCUGCUACGACGGUACUUUACUUCACGCAUAUGGCAGCGGCGCUUCAAUUGUGAUUGCACAAACUCAUACUUUUAUGGUUCAACAAAUUAUACAAGAGAACACUUCUGAUGUGACCUCUGUAAGCUGGGCCCGCACAGGAGGAAGACUUGCAGCUGGAAGCUUGAACUCAAUCAGUAUCUAUAUUCCUCAACCAAUCUCCCCAGUCCAAUGGGAAUGCAAAAUCAAUCUCAAGCCUGAAGGGGUCCCAAAGAGCUUAUCAUGGUCUUUUUUUGGAGAUACACUGUUAAGUGUCAGUGAGAAAUUAUGUGUCUGGAAUUUUGAGGUCGAAAAAACAGGAGAGCUCCAAUUUAAUGAAAAACCUUUGUGGAGCAUCAAAAGCCAGUUUGAAUAUGGGUCGAUUUCACCUGAUGGAAGACUGAUUGCGACAUGCAGAGAAGAUUCAAGAGUUUUUAUUUUUUAUAGAGAAGGACAUUUGAAUGAGGAAACGCAAUUUCCUCAGCUGAAUUCAGAUGCAUUGAGAUCUUUGAAGCUGAAUAAUAAUACACGAGUGUCUUGGUUUGACUGGAAAGAUAUAAGUGUUUUCAAGCUGUAUUUGAAUUAUUAUAACCCAAAUGCUCUUUUAACGAUAAAUGCAGAUGGCUGGGUUAGGAUAUGAAGUGAAUAUACAAGUCCUGAAGGAAUUGGGUUUAAUAUAGUUUUUCAGAUUAGGACAAAUAAUGGGUUGGCUUCUUGACUUAGAGAUUUUAAAAGUAUGGAAAAUAACAUUUCACAGCUGGCUCAGAAACAAGAAUUUUUAAGGCAGGGACAAGGAGAUGUCCAAUUUACGAUGAAUGCGAGAUCAUGUAUACUUAGAGCAAGAAAAAGUGAGCCAGAACAGCCUAUUUUUGGAGCAAUGAUGAAGGAUAGGAUUCCUGUUGAGUGGUUUGUGAUCGCUGAAGGCACAAAAGUGGUGUAUUAUAUGUGUGAAGGCCUAGGCGCAUUUCCAGUAACCGCAAUUAAUAUAUGCUUCUUUCUAUAAGUACCUAGAAUUUUUAUUUAAAAAUUCUUAUAUAACAAAUUAAGGUAAAAAAGCAUAAAAUCUCAUUUACAAUUUUCUAACCACUGGAGCAUAGAAGCCUCAAGAUGAAUCCCGUCCCAGCUGCCUUUCUUUGUCAUAAAAGAGUUUGAAGAAAUUCAAGUUAUAAGCCUAGACGUCGCUGGAGACUUUGUAAGGUGGAGAAAACGCUACGGUGGACAAGAAUACGGAGGCUACUCAUCAGCGUUAACAGGAGUUUAUGGAGGACAUCGUGGUGAUAUUGUCCAAGUAGUCCCUCAUGGGACUCUUCCUUUAGUCUCCACUCUUGACAAUACUGGAAUGGUAAGAAUAUGAAGCACUCAUAUGGGAGUAAAACAAGAUCCAAGAGCAGUUGACCAACUAAGACACUGGGGAGUCCUAGAACAAGCUUCCUAUACCUUUGUAAAGUGGAUUCAAAAGUAUGCUCUACUCAUCUGUGGAGACAAAACUGGGAAAUUAAACGUUUAUAAGUGGAUGUCAGACACUGGGAAUAAACUGAAAUUGCCAAGCAUGCACUGGAGUGUUAUACAUUCUUGGCAAGGAAUGGAAGGAGUAUGCACCAAAAUCAAUACUUCCAGUAUAGAAAACGCUGACUGCGGCAUCAGAUUUUUAGUUUCAGCAAUUUUUAAAAAUAAAGGCUGCCAAGUGUGGAGCAUAGGAUAUGACCGUGGAAUUAUAUCGACUCUUAUAGACGCAAAAGAAGAUAAUUUUUGUGAUACACAUUUAAAUUCGAUCAAAGUUUAUAAUGAUGACUAUGACCAAACGUAUAUACAUUAUAUGUAUAGUCUGACUAAAACCAAGCUAUGCUGUAGUACUAUAGAAGCAAAUGGAACAAGAACUAUGUGGGAAAAAAGCUUGGUAAUGGACGAAUACUCUAUGAAAGUGUCAAAAAUCAUAAUGCUAGUCUCACCUAAGUCACAAAGUUUGAGUUUCUAUACUCUUGAAGGCAACCAAAUAGGUAGGUUCACAAUCCCGCAAAGUGGACAAUUUUUAACUAAUUUCUUGUCAAAAGGGCUUAUUACGGAAAAUAUUGUAAUUGUAUUUAAAAGCUUAAUACAAGUUUUAGCGCAAGAAUUCUUGCAUACUGUAGGAGAGCAGGAAAUGCCCUGGAGAUAUAUUGUAGAAAACGCUUUGGAUAGUGAAAGUGCGUGCUUAGGAGUUUCUUCGUUCCAGCACAUUCUUUUAGGUGUAAAACGAAUUCUUACUUGGUUUAUAUGCAAAAAAAUCUUGCUCAUUAAUUACCCACUCCGUGAGCGAACAAAAACAUUUUAGGGGGUUAUUUUUUUUUUUUAAAAUUUACAAAAAAUUCCAAUUUGUAAAAAUUGAGAAGUGAAAAUUAAUUUAAUUUGCAAAAUUUAUGUUUUAAAAUGAAAGUGUUUUUAAAUUAAAUAGAAUUGCUAGAGAUUUCAUGAUAAUAAUUCUCACUAUAUAUCAAUUUUUUUUCAUAAAAUAUUUGUAUAUCAAAAAAAUUUUUAUUCACUUAAGGAGGGUGGUUUUUGGGCAGAAAAUAGUGAUUUUUCCAAUGGUUUUGUUCACUCACAGAGGGGGGAGUAAGAUAUUUUUUUUAUAUAAAAAUAUAUAUCAGAUUUUAAAAAUAUUCAAAACUGUAGAUAUUCAAAAUUAAAGAUUAAUUUAAUUUAUUGAAAUUACCGUUUUAGAAUUUAGCUAUAUAAAUUUAACAUUUUUGACUAGAGAUUAUUAUUAUAAUCAUCAUUAAUUAUGUAUCAAUUUAUUUUUAAAAAUAAUUUUUUAUUCACUAACAAAAGGAUUAAUUUCUCAUAAAUAGGGGGUUUCUUAUGGUUUUGCUCGCUUACCAAGGGGUAGUUAAUAUUUAUACUCAUAACCAUAUUCAGCAAGAGCUUGCUAAGUACCAGAUUCCUAAACCUUAUUACCACCCUUUAACUUUGUUUGAACUAAUGAGAGGAAACCAUACCAAAAUUAUUGAAAUGCUAUUUAAAACUAUUGAGACAUAUAUACAUGAAAUGCCGACGACGUCUGGCCCUCCUUUCGUGCGACGGUUAUCAUCAGGCAUGGUUAUUGGAUCCAGGAGUUGGUCUAACAGUAUCUGGUGUCCUGCAUCGAAGGACUUAAGACAAAUUCACAGGUUUUUUUGUCUAAUCCAAUGGGCAGUUACUUUUGACUUCUUUUUUCCAGCAGCACCAAGCCAGCAGGCGCCAAAAAUGGAGUAAGGUGAAUUGACCGCUCAACUGAUAUUGUUGUUUGCCCCAAAUCGUGGAAGCGGCUGAGCAUUUUCCAGGAUGACCUGAAAAAAGGGAGGCAAAUUAGACACUAUCAAGGCAGUCCUUCAGCAAACGGUCCCUUGAGUCUAGCGAACCAGCCAAAAGUAAGAGACAGGAGAUGAUGUAAUAGGGUCGAAGGUACUAAGUGGAAAUGGCGAUGCUCAGCAAUGGUCUGUGGAUCCAACAGGGCAUGCACUACCGAGAAACCAUAAGUUUUGGCCUGAACUCAGAGAUACCAGAGGUAGAAGUCCACCAAAUUCGCUUGGGUCACUCACUCGUGGAAAUUGAGGACUCUAAAUAUUUAUCAUCUUAUCAUAGCAUAACCAUUGAGACCAAUAUUGAAAAAGGCAAAAUGUGCUACACACUUGAUUUAAAGCUUGACGACUUUUUUAAAAUCCAAGAAGAAAAAGUCCAAGCUCCUGCCCCAGCUCCAGCUGCAUCUAGCAGUUUUGAUUGGUUUUUCGAAGCCCAGCCUAGCGCACCUGUCGCAGCUCAGGCUGCUCCUACAUCUCAGUUUUCCGAAACUGACGCAAAAAGGCUAAAAGAAAAGCUCCAAGAAGCCACAAUAGAGCUCCCAGGGCUUUCUGGCGACGUUUUGCUCCUAAUGCAGCUCUUUACUGCUAUCGACAGUUACUCUUUGCUCCAAUCCCAAAACCGUACAAUGGACGAUUUCGUCAAAGUUUUCUAUCUCAACGUCAGAAUUUUCAAAUUUUAUAACGAACAAAAAAAGCCUAUGAAAUCCAAACCUCAGUGUUUAUCUACAAUGGAUAUAGCCUGGGUACUCCAUUCAGACCAACAAGAUACCUUAUUCCAAGUUCUAUUUACAGGAGAAAUGGACUGGCCACAAAUGAGGAUGUACGGCAUGGGAAUUUGGGUAAAAUCAUUAUAUCGAGUUAAAUCUAUGAUAGAAACCAUUGCAAGAAAUGAGUUCAGGGUCAAUAAAGACCCAAAAGCUGUCACUUUGUGGUACUUAGCAUUAGGGAAAAAGAGCAUUCUUUUGAACCUUUAUAAGCAAGAUGCAGAAAAUAAAAGAAUUUAUACAUUUUUAGUCAAUGAUUUCACACAAAAAGACUGGCAAGUAAAAGCACAGAAAAAUGCUUUUGAGCUUAGAAAGCAAAGGAAGUAUGAGAUGAGCGCAUCUUUUUUCUUGUUAGGAGGACAGUUAUUAAAUGCUAUAGAAGUCCUUGCACAGGAUUUAGGAGACCCUCAGAUGGCUAUGGUUGUAGCAAAAUUGCAAGAAGGAGAAAACGGGCCUAUUUAUAAUCAACUUGUAGACAGGUAUUUAUUAAAAACUGGGCUUCAAGUAAAAGACCCUUGGCUUGUAAGUAUUGCAUUUUCAUUGCUUAAUAUGCAUGCAGAGUCAUUAGAAAGCUUAAGUUCUAUGCCAAAUGAGCCACUUCAGACCAGCAAUGUUGAUUUUUGGACAGAAAAAACUCAGCCUACUCUGUCAGGUUUUCACCCAUCUUUGACUUAUUAUUUCAAACUCUUGAAAAACACAAUCAAGCUUAAAAGAGACUGCGAAACUAAAGGAAUACAGCUUUCUAAAUAUGAUAAUAUAGAAAAAGAAAUGGCUGGCAGAUGUGCAAAAGCCUAUUUGAGAGCUGGUUUGCCUAUUCUUGCCUUAAAAAUGCUUAAAGAUCAUGAAAACGUUGACAUAAACUUGCUUGAUGAUAUACUCAAAGAAUACUUAUUAAUGAUAAUAAACGACACCGCAGAAAGCGAAUGGCUCGAUAAGUUCCCUACCCUUUUAAGCGAAAUUUCUUACCUAUCAUCUACAUUUUCAUUUUCACAAAAAAGCUUAUUAGAUUUCGUGUCUACUUUAUUUUACAACCGAGAUAUGAGGCAUUAUCAGUGUUCUCUCUUAGCAGGAGUUUCAAUGCUAGAAAAAGCAGCUGAGUCUGUACUGCAUAGAGCUGCAAUAGUUCAUAUUAUUUUAUCAAGAUACUCAAGAGAUCCAUUCUUCUUGUGUAAAGUAGAAACACUUACAGAUGUCGCAGAUGAGCUUAUUAAAUGCUUAAUUAUAUUAAGAGACCGCAGUACUGAGUUCAGCAGUUUAUCGCUUAAUAGAAGAGCCCAUUUAUUCCAUAUUUUAGUUUUAGUUAGCUUAUUGUUAAAGUAUUAUUCUAAGUCCACUUUUUUAACUCCAAAUGUGAGUCCGGGAGAUCCGACGUCACAGUAUUACAAAUGGCCCAGAAAUGCUAAAUAAGUGCUGCCUUCACUGUCCAGAAAGCUUUACAGGACAAAUUGUCUUGCUCCACUUGACUCUUGCAUGAUCUUGUGUACACUCUGGCUCCUCAGGGUAACAAGCGGAUAAACUCUAUUGCUCCUAAGCCCAAGGAUUAGGCACUCCAGCCAAUGAGUAGGUGUUGCUAAUAUAUCUGAUAAAGGACCACUGGAAAACCGAACCCAUAAUAACGACUUCGCAGAGGACUGAAUAGUUUCCAGAGUACUAAUUCCGAGCCAUUUUAUUAUUGUGUUUAUCCCAUAUCACCUUUUCUGUAUUUCUGUCUCAGCUUAUGAUUGGAUAUACAAGAGGGCAAUGGGAAUCCGUUGUAGCUAUCCUUCGAGGACUUGAUGAAUAUUUAAAUGACCAAAAUAAAGAAGCUCAAUCUGAGGUUGUAAUCCCAAAAAAGCAAGCAGAGCAUUCAAAUAAAUUGCUAUCAUGCUGAAUAAGGUAUUUAUUGGUAAAUAAAUUGCAUGAUUUAGUUAUUAGCUUUAAUAGCAAAGAAUAUGAUGAAUGGAUGGACAAAAGCUUGCUUAGGUUCAAUUUGUUGGAUUCUAACACUGAUAAAGCAGAAACUCCAGAGAAAUUAAUUGAAAAAAUGAUGGCCCCUGGAAGAGGAGUAAAAAAGAGGUCAUUAAUGCCAGUUUCAAGACUUGUGAGACGCAUUUUCUCUUGGAAAUUGAGACUACUGUCGAGAGCCCAAAAAUUGAUUUCUUCUGAAACAUUAAAAUCUAUACAAACAUUGAUAGAAAUGCUUGUGAAUACUCCGUCUAAUAUUCCUACUGAUCUCGGCCAGCAUUUUUCAGACACAGCUGCUUAUCUUUCAUUUAAUGACUUUGUAGGAGGCAAAACUCAAAUCCACCUCCUUUUACAGCAUUCAAGCCAAGGUAUCAGCACUUUUGUUCAUGAAAACCACAAUAACCCUGACUCCCCCCCCCUUUAAAAUGGGAACUAAAAUUUUUGUUCCAAUUUAAAGGGGGGUUAAUUUUUUUUUUAAAAAAAAAAUAUCAAUAUAAAACUUUUUAUAAAAAAUAUAAAAAUUAAAACAAAAAAUUAAAAACUUAUCGAAUUAGAUUAAUAAAUUUGUUUAAUAAAACGCUAUUUACUCUUUAUCCUUUAAAACAAAGCAAGAUAUAACUAAUUUUCAUUAUUAGUUAAUACGCCACUAUUAAUUGGUAUCAAAAAUUAUUUACACAAAAAUUAUUAUUUUUAUUGAUAAAAAAAAUUAAAAAAAAAAAAUUUUGGAAAAUUUAUCGAUCAAAGUGCUAAUUUUGUUUAAAUAAGAUGUUAUUUAUACUCUAUUCUUUAAAAUAAAGCAAGAAAUAAGUAAAUUUUGAAAUUUUAUAAAGAAUUCCUAUUGAAUUUAUAUCAAAACUAUCCAAAUAAAAAAUAUCAUUUUUAUCAAAAAAAAACAAAAAUUUUUUUGAAAAUUUUUAAAAAAAAAAUUAAUUUUUUUUUAAAAUUUGCCAAUUAAGGAUAAUAAAUUUAUUUAAAUAGAUGCUCUUUAUACUUUUUUCUUUAAAAACAGCAAGAUAUAAAUAAAUUUUUAAUUUUAGUUUAGAAGAAACAUUUAACUUAUAUCAAAACUUUUUAGAUAAAAAUUAUAUAUAAUUUUUUAUUAUAAAAUUAAAUUUUGUUCCAAUUAAAAGGGUGGUUAAUUUACCAAAAAAGUGGAAAUUUUACCGAUAUUUCGUUCCAACUUAAGGGGCGGGGGAGUGAGAAAUAAUUAUUAAUUAUAGGGUUUAUAUGGGAUUAUUUAGUCCGUUGCCGGCUGAACUUUAGUUUCACGCUUAAUAUGGCGCUAAACACUAAAGCCACUAACGCCCUUUUCUUUCAGGAUCACAAAAUGGUGACGUUGCCUGUCUGACGGGAGACUCACCAAAAUAUGAUUGGGCCAGUAUCUGCAGCAAAGAAUUCUUUAACCCCUUAUAGUGAUUAUAGCGAAUUCUAUUAGAUGGCGCGCAAUGCGCCAUCUAUAGGAAGGCGCUAUAGGUAUGGGGAAAGGUCCUAUGCCUCAUUCUGGAACUACCCGUUAUAGCGAUCAGGUAUGGGUAAUGUCCGAUGCCUCGUUCUGUAACUACUUCUGGCAUUUGCAGGCAGCAGAAUGCUCCUCCUGAUAUCUGUUGAUGCUGUGCCGUCUGUCUUUUGUCUGUGGGUCGAGGGGAAGCCAUCAUCUCAGCCUGCACCCAUCCUGGAAACUUUUUUCCAUCUGCGAACCGUAGCCCUCCAGAAGCCAGGACCGCUGCACUGACCCUUUGAAGCUGUGGACCUUCUCUCGCCCUCCACAUUCUAUAGAGGAAGCGCAAUAACCCUGAAGAAAGUGAAAACAUCCAAUAUGACGAAACAUUAAAGGAAAACGCCAAUUUAUUUAAAUCAGGGAUUGAUUUAUUCAGAAGUAAAGACCCAGUAUUAGGAUUUUCUAUCAAUAAAUGUGACAAUAAAAACAUUUCGAUCAUUCUGAACAGCAAAAGAGACAGGAUCAGAGAAAUAAAUCUUGACCAUGCAUUGAAAUUUAAAAAACGAAACGCUGAGUUAGAAAUCGAAAUAGAAGACCCUGAAACUUGGCAAGAAUGUCUACAUCAGUAUGAUGCUUUUAUUGGCCCAGAAGAGUACAUGUACAAUCCAGCUAUAAAUUCAGCUUUAAGCAUGCUUAAUUCAUCACACAGCAAAGUAUUUAUUGAAGAAAUGCAGCUGCCCCCUCCAGUUUGGCACAGAAGUUCCCUUAACCAUUUAUUGACUUCUUUAUCGUCCCAUAAAACCAGGCAAGAAAAAGUCAACCAAAUUGUAGGGCACCCUCUCUUACCUUUAUAUGUGACUGGUAAUGACUCCGGUAUGAUGACUCUUUGGCAAUAUACAAGAAGUGAUAGUCUUCAGGACUUUGCCACAAUUUCAACGACAUCUAAAAUUACCUGGAUGAGCUUUAACGGCUACGGAGACAAGCUUGGUGCCUGUGACGCUUCAGGGAAUUUCUUUUUAUACAAAUUUGACUUGCAGCCGACCUCUUUUCAGCCUCAGCUAACCAUGAUGAACUCUGCUGGCAGUAAGGCUUCUGCGUUUUCCUUUCUAAAUUUAGGAUCAGUAAUAGCCACUAUUGGGCAUAAGCCAAGAGGAUUUUUAUCAAUUUAUGAUACUUUGCUACCUCCGAAUCAGUCUUGUCUGCAUACAGAAAAUAUUGGUGGGACGACAGUUCAUUAUAUUUCGAGAUAUCAGCAGCUGAUAAUUGGGACUAAAAAAGGGAAAUUGGCAAGGUAUGAUUUGACGUGUCUUACACGAGGUCUACUCCAUAACGACUAUUUUUUUUGCCUAUUUUUUUUUGGCCUAAUUUUUUUUGGCCUAUUUUUUUUUGGCCUAAUUUUUUUUGGCCUAUUUUUUUUGGCCUAUUUUUUUUGGCCUAAUUUUUUUUGGCCUAUUUGUUUUUGGCCUAUUUGUUUUUGGCCUAUUUGUUUUUGGCCUAUUGUUUUUUUGGCCUAUUUGUUUUUGGCCUAUUUGUUUUUGGGCCUAUUUGUUUUUGGCCUAUUUGUUUUUGGCCUAUUUGUUUUUGGCCUAUUUGUUUUUGGCCUAUUUGUUUUUGGCCUAUUUGUUUUUGGCCUAUUUGUUUUUGGCCUAUUUGUUUUUGGCCUAUUUGUUUUUGGCCUAUUUGUUUUUGGCCUAUUUGUUUUUGGCCUAUUUGUUUUUGGCCUAUUUGUUUUUGGCCUAUUUGUUUUUGGCCUAUUUGUUUUUGGCCUAUUUGUUUUUGGCCUAUUUGUUUUUGGCCUAUUUGUUUUUGGCCUAUUUGUUUUUGGCCUAUUUGUUUUUGGCCUAUUUGUUUUUGGCCUAUUUUUUUGGCCUAUUUGUUUUUGGCCUAUUUGUUUUUGGCCUAUUUGUUUUUGGCCUAUUUUUUUUUGGCCUAUUUUUUUUUGGCCUAUUUUUUUUUAACUAUUUUUUUUGGCCCAUUUAUUUUUGGCCUAAUUUUUUUGUCCUAUUUUUUCUGUCGAGGAUAAUUCAUGAAGCUGCCGAGAGAACUAAAUAAUUAUUGGGUAACGGAUACAUUUCUUUACACGAUUAAUAUUGAGUAAAUUAAGUGGAAAAAAAUCCUAAUUAAAUUUAAAAUUCUCGAAAUUUAAAAAGCAAUGAAUUAGCAUUCAUGGAGUAAGAGAUCUGUUAAAGGUGUAUUUUAUGUUGAUAAAAUCGUUUAAAAUACAUUAAAAAUUAUAUUAAAAUCAUUAAUAUGGAAUUAGGCCCAAAUAUUAGUAAAAAUAGCUAAAAAAUGGCCAAAAAAAAGUCCAAAAAAAUUAGGCCAAAAAAAAAUAGGUAGGCGAAAAAAAAUAGGUAGGCGAAAAAAAAUAGAUAGGCGAAAAAAAAAAUAGGCCAAAAAUAGGCCAAAAAAUAUAGGCUAAAAAAAAAAUAGUCGUCAUGAAAUAGGCGAAAAAAAAUAGUAGGCCAACAAAAAAAAUAGGCCAAAAAAAAUAGGCCAAAAAAAAAUAGGCCAAAAAAAAUAGGCCAAAAAAAAAUGGGCUAAAAAAAAUUAGGCUAAAAAAAAUAGGCCAAAAAAAAUAGUCGUUAUGGAGUAGACCUCGUGUGAAGGAACCAUGAUUUGAGGAUGCAAAAAGUGGUCGAUUCGAUAGAGUCGAAGCAUGACUCAAUUAAAAGCAUUACGAGUGAUCCAACGGAGACUACUUUUGUGACGGGAGGAAGAGAAGGAGUGGUCAAAAUUUGGGAUUCGAGGGAUUUGGCGCUAAAAGAAACAAUUGAAGUUUCGAAAAAAUCGAAGGGAGGUAUUACAAAGCUUGAGUUUUUGGAGAAUGCGCUGUUUGCAAGCUCAGGAGAAGGAGUUCUAAAGCUGCUUAGGACAACAACUCAUUAA